AUGUCUGCUGGUUCAGUUCUCGUUGCCGGUGGUACGGGCUACAUUGGCUCUUUCACCACUCUUGCUCUGCUCGAGGCCGGCUACAAGGUCGUCGUUGCGGACAACCUGUACAAUUCAUCCGCGGAAGCAUUGAAGCGCAUUGAGUUGAUCUGCGGCAAGAAGGCCGAGUUUGUCCAGCUCGAUGUCACCGACGAGGCCGCGUUCGAUAAGGUCUUCGAGGCCCACCCCGACAUCGACAGUGUCAUCCACUUCGCUGCCCUGAAGGCCGUCGGUGAGUCCGGUGAGAAGCCCUUGGACUACUACCACGUCAACGUCUACGGCACCAUCUGUCUCCUGCGCUCCAUGGUCCGUCACAAUGUCAACAACAUCGUCUUCUCCAGCUCGGCUACCGUCUACGGUGAUGCUACUCGCUUCCCCGACAUGAUCCCCAUCCCUGAGAAUUGCCCCCUGGGUCCUACCAACCCCUACGGAAACACCAAAUUCGCUGUUGAGAACGCCAUCACCGACGUGAUCAACGCCCAGCGCAACAAUGCUCUCAAGGCCGGUAACGAAGCCGAGGCCAAGAAGUGGAACGGUGCCCUACUGCGCUACUUCAACCCUGCGGGCGCUCACCCCAGCGGUAUCAUGGGUGAGGACCCUCAGGGUGUGCCUUACAACCUGCUGCCCCUGCUCGCUCAGGUAGCCACCGGCAAGCGCGAGAAGCUGCUCGUGUUCGGAGACGACUACGCCUCUCACGACGGAACUGCCAUCCGUGACUAUAUCCAUAUCCUUGACCUUGCCGACGGCCAUCUGAAGGCCCUCAACUACCUGCGCGCCAACAACCCCGGUGUCCGCGCCUGGAACCUGGGUACCGGAAAGGGCAGCACCGUCUACGAGAUGGUCCGUGCCUUCUCAGCCGCCGUCGGCCGCGAUCUUCCCUACGAGGUUGCCCCCCGUCGUGCUGGUGACGUGCUCAACCUCACGGCCAACCCUACCCGAGCUAACGCCGAGCUCGGCUGGAAGGCCGAGCGCACUCUCGAGCAGGCCUGUGAGGAUCUCUGGCGCUGGACGCAGAAUAACCCUCAGGGUUAUCGCCAACAGCCUCCUGCUGAGCUGCUGGAUCAGCUGAAGAAAUAA